AUGCGUAAGAGUGAACUGAGACUUCCGCGAAACUCGCUGACAAGAGGUAGAGAGAGCUCUACUGCCUCCAUCACCAGCAGCAUCCUCGAAUAUCGCAAGUUUCAAGGACGGACCUACCACAGUGAUAGACAUCCCACCGAGUAUUUUACGCCCAAUGACGAGCAGCAAUCCGAAUCUAUCGAUAUUAAUCACCAAUCUCUGACAUUGCUGCUCGAGGGCAAGCUAUUCCUUGCUCCCAUCAAGCCUGAUGUUCAGAAAGUGCUUGAUGUGGGCACUGGAACCGGUAUUUGGGCUAUCGACUUUGCAGACGAGUACCCCAACGCCGAAGUGAUUGGUUCCGACCUCUCGCCUAUUCAGCCCACUUGGAUCCCACCCAACGUCAAGUUUGAGAUCGACGACGCGACCCUUACAUGGACCUGGGCUGAUAACACUUUCGAUUUCAUUCAUAUUCGUUAUCUAUUUGGAGCUAUUCGUGACUGGACUGGCCUCUUCAAGGAGGCAUACCGCUGUUGCGCACCGGGUGGUUGGAUCCAGACCGCCGAAGCCGAUGUUGAAAUUCUUAGUGACGACGGAACGACUGAGCUGGCGCCCGUCUUGAAGACUUGGGCAAAGCUCUACGCCGAAGGAGGAAAGAAGCUAGGAAAUGCAUUCUAUGUCCAAAAGGAAGACCUCCAAGAGAAGGGCCUGGAGGCAGCUGGUUUCACCGAAAUGACGAGUGUGGACUACAAGUUCCCCGUUGGUGGCUGGGCCAAGGAUCCCCGCAUGGCCGAGAUUGGCAACUUUGUCAAGGCCACUCUUGAGAAUGACCUUGAAGGCUACACGCUUCUCUUGUGGAACAAUAUCUUGCAAUGGGGCGAGGAUGAAUAUCAGGUUUUCCUCAUGGAGAUGCGCAAGUACCUGAGAAACCGCAAGGUUCACGGAUACAUGAGGGUUCGUUAUGUUUAUGCUCGCAAGCCUGAGGCUGAGUAG